CUGGCAAUUUUUUAACACAUUUUUAUGAUGGCGGAGGACAGUGAAUCCGCGGCGAGUCAGCAGAGCCUGGAGCUAGACGACCAGGAUACCUGCGGAAUAGACGGGGACAACGAAGAGGAGAAUGAGCAUAUGCAAGGGAGUCCAGGGGGGGAUUUGGGAGCCAAGAGGAAGAAAAAGAAGCAGAAGAGGAAGAAAGAGAAACCAAGUUCAGGGGGAGCCAAGUCUGACUCUGCCUCUGACUCUCAGGAGAUAAAGAAUCCUGGCCUGCCCAUUCAGAAGCUGCAGGACAUCCAAAGAGCAAUGGAACUGCUGUCCUGCCAGGGUCCAGCUAAGAGCAUCGACGAGGCAGCAAAGCACAAGUACCAGUUCUGGGACACCCAGCCUGUGCCCAAGCUAAACGAAGUGGUGACGAGUCACGGGCCGAUAGAAGCAGACAAAGAAAACAUAAGACAGGAGCCCUAUUCUUUACCUCAAGGCUUUAUGUGGGACACUCUGGAUCUCAGCAAUGCAGAUGUACUGAAGGAGUUGUACACAUUGCUAAAUGAGAACUAUGUGGAGGACGACGACAACAUGUUCAGAUUUGAUUAUUCACCAAACUUUCUCAAAUGGGCUCUGCGUCCACCUGGCUGGUUAUCACAGUGGCAUUGUGGAGUAAGAGUUUCCUCAAAUAAGAAGCUUGUUGGCUUCAUCAGUGCCAUCCCUGCAGAUAUACGCAUCUAUGACACGCUGAAGAGGAUGGUUGAAAUCAACUUCCUGUGUGUCCAUAAGAAGCUGCGUUCAAAGCGUGUUGCACCAGUGCUAAUCAGAGAGAUCACACGGAGGGUGAACUUAGAGGGAAUAUUUCAGGCAGUGUACACGGCAGGAGUGGUGCUGCCUAAACCGGUGUCCACAUGCAGAUAUUGGCAUCGUUCUCUGAACCCCAGAAAGCUUGUGGAAGUGAAAUUCUCCCAUCUGAGCAGAAACAUGACCCUGCAAAGAACCAUGAAACUCUACAGACUUCCAGAUAGCACCAAGACUCCAGGUCUGCGGCCGAUGGAGAAGCGUGACAUCCGCCAGGUCACUGAGCUGCUACAGAAAUACCUGAAACGUUUCCAACUUGCACCUUCUAUGGGAGAAGAGGAGGUGGCUCACUGGUUCCUGCCACAGGACAACAUAAUUGACACUUAUGUAGUAGAGGGUGCUGGUGGUGUACUGACAGACUUCACUAGUUUCUACACUCUGCCGUCAACCGUGAUGCACCACCCUCUUCAUAGGAGCCUGAAGGCUGCUUACUCUUUUUACAAUGUUCAUACACAAACCCCGCUACUGGACUUAAUGAAUGAUGCACUGAUCCUGGCCAAAAUGAAAGGUUUUGAUGUGUUCAAUGCCUUGGAUCUAAUGGAGAAUAAGGUGUUCCUGGAGAAGCUCAAGUUUGGCAUAGGAGAUGGAAAUCUGCAGUAUUACCUCUACAACUGGAAAUGUCCUGCAAUGGACCCCGAUAAGGUUGGCCUCGUCCUUCAGUAGCAGGUCUCUUCAGGGCUGCUACACAAACACUGAUCAAGAGGCCGUCAGCGACCUCGGGAUGUUCCUUACCUGGACAUACAGGUAGCCCAAGCUAGACAAUGAAAACUACAGCAGUCAAACCAACCUGGAGACUGAGAGGCGGUUCACCCGUCAUCAAGAACAUUCUCAGUUCACCUGGAGGUGAAAACUCUUAAAUCAUCAACAUCCUGAAUGUGAAGUCAUGCUAUGCCUGAGAUACUCAUACAGUACAAUGCUCCUGACAUACACACUCACAUUUAAAACAGUUUGACGUACAAGAGGAUGCCUUGACAUUGUGAAUUUUGUUUAGUUCCUCUUCCUCAGCAGACACCUCAUUAGAAAGGACUGGCAUGUCUUUUAAUUUCGCUGACAUUGAACUAUGUAAAUGAUAAUCAACAACAACAUGACCACGAUAUAGAACUGUUAGUUAUUGUGUCCCUACUGCUGCUGCACAGGGGUUCCUAAAGGCAGUUUAAGACUUAUUAUUCCCGUCCAGUGUCACAUCUUCGUGGUCAGAAGUUUCUCAGCUUUCUGUUUUGGCACGUGGGAGAAGCUUGCCUUCAGGCUUUUCUGCCAGAAAACCUUUAGGAAGUCUGGUGAUGCAUUAUAAAGAGCAAAAAAAAUAUGCAUAAGGGGGAGAUUGGGGUGGAUGGAUGGCUCAAACCCGGGACUUUAACCCCGGAGACAGCUAUUUGUGUCCAAUGAGAAACCAAAAGUCAGUGUUGGCAGUUUAUUUUAGCCCAAACUGAUGGUUUCACAAGCUGAACAUUGCGUUAGAAGGCCUUUCUGGCAGAAAGCCUUGAAAAUUUCUUCUCCUUUCUGUGCUGUUUUGGGCCUCAGUAGAAUUACAAAUGCUAAGAACAUGUUGCUGUGAUAGCUGAUGUAUAAAGGAAGAAAACUUAUCAUAACAAGUAUGUUCACACACACACACACACACACUGUCAAAUAACACACAUACACAAACAGGACAUGUCAAUGGAAGGACUCAUCCAGCUGGUGCAGUGAUAUACGUGUUUUUUGUUUAAAACUUUAUAUAGUUACCUGUACAUUUAAAGCCAGAACAUAUUUAUUCCUGUAGUGUGAGUUUGGGGUUCAGGAGGGCUGAUCCAAAGUAUUUUCCUCAUAAGCAGUGUAGAUGUCACUGAGUUUGUUCAGACAACGUUGUUUUACGUGGUUUUUGAUGAAGAAUGUAUUGCAUCAAUGAAGCACAAUUUUUGAGUUCCUCGACAAGCAAAGUAGGGUCCUUUCUUAAAGGGUCAGAUUUCAAAACAGAUGGGUUGCAAUACAUACUGUACAACCUUCAUUUUUAUAUGAAGGAUGUGCGCAGUUUUCAGUUUUGUUUCUAGAUUUGGUAUAUUUAAGAGACCGUUUAAACCACAUGUUCAGUAAUAAUCACUGAUACACUCAUGCAGCUCUUUGUAUUAACAGACACAGCUUAGGGUUAUCUGCAUGUGACUGGUGUGUUUGUCAGUUAAAAUGGAGGCAAAAGUUACUGCAGCAGAAUUAAAAAAAAAACAACAAACAAUUUCUGUCUAGAGACAGUUUUAUAGUGUGAAAUGGCUUACUUUAAAAGGAUAAUGUUCUCAUUUAUGUUUAAAGCAGCCAGGGUCACUUUUUUUGUUAAUUUAGUCGUUGCCCCUCAGAAGUUUAUUGGUUUCAGUAACCUGUUGCAAAGCAAUGAGCAAGAUGCUCCUGUGAAGCAGGCCACACGUACAGCUCUGGCCUCGUAAGUGUUUGGUUUUUCAGGUCCAUUUUUAAUUACAUCUCUGAAAUUUAUUUUUUUUUUUGAUGGUACUGUUUUUGUGCGUCUUACAAAUGUAUUGUGGGUCAUUUUUUAGUGUGUCGUGCAGCUAAACGUGAAAUGCUUUGAACAGUUUUGAUAUUUAUUAUUGUACUUUGCAAAACGUCUUAAGACAUAAUUCCUGGACUUUUUCUUUCUCUAAAAUCUCAAGUUAAAUAGUCAACUUCAAAACUGACUCGGAUUAUUUGGCAUUAUGACCCUGUGCUCAGCUGCGCAGGAUGAGGAGCUUUGAUGACGAUGCUGCUGGUGUACUCAAAGCUUAAAAAACUUUCUUUUCUCUUCGCGUUGAGUUAUGUUUGACGUUCAUGUGGCUCUGCAGAACUCGAGAGCUAGAGGCUGCUGCCAUUGUUACUCAUUUUUCUGUAUGUGAUGUAACUUUCCUCAUCCCUUUAUAUAUUAGCGAGAAAAGGAUAACAAACGGACAGUCAGUGCUUCAGGGCUCAAAGAUCUUUUUUAAACCAUUUAACAGUCAACAAAGACAGAUGUUACUGUCAUUAUUAAAGCACUGAAACGGUGUGCCUCCUGGAUAUUGGUGUGUCACAGAUGUGUUGCCUGCAGCUGUUUGAAUGAACUUUGAGCAUGUUGGUUCUGCUGCCGUGAUGUUACUCAGCCACACCCUUUAGUGACAACUCAACCCGAAGUACCUGCCUUAUUUCAAAUGUUUUUUUUGGUUUUUUUUUAAGUAAGAUUUUGGGGUUGGGGGUGUACUUUUGGAAUGACAUACAGCUUUCUCUAACUGAAGAACAAUAUUUUUAUCCAAAUCCAUUGUAAGCUGUGAAAAGGGUGAAGAACUUGUACCAGCAUCAUUAAGACAUGACCCCCAUGCAAAUAACAACUGUUUCAACACACACACAUCAGCUCUACCAGCAUGGAUAUUUGAUUGAAUAAACUCAUUUUCAAAAGGAA